CCCCGGUUGUCUGAUACUUUUGCACCGUGAUUGUGACUCCGCGGUCUUGCGCCCGAGACGACCGUUUACGACUCAUUUAUAACGAUGGCGUUCCUCUUUAAAUCUAAGAAGCACCAGCAAAAUGCUGGUCCCCCUCCAACGGCCAGAAAUGUUCAUACUUCGGAAGGGUCGCAGUCAACCCCCCCAGUGGCGGCCGCUAUGCCCAACGGUGCAAAAGAACGGGAUGGGCCUUCCCAAACACCAACCCCCAGCAGCAGCUACAAUAACUCCCUGAACUCCGUGAACAGCACAGGUAGCCCUGACAAUGCGCGGAUGCGACAGAGGGCCGAUUCCGAGUCGCAGCCCCUACGACCGCAACAGGCGAUGCAAAACACCUCUCCGAACAACAGCCCAGGUGCAUCGCUCUACCCAUGGACACAGCGCCGCGUGAACUUCGCCUCCGCCCAGGCGAACCCAUUCCCUCGUUAUGGCGCAGCAAUCAAUUCAUUGGCGUCGAAGGAAGGCGAUAUCUACAUGAUGGGCGGGUUGAUAGACGGCUCGACUGUCAAAGGAGAUCUGUGGAUGAUCGAAAGCAGUGGCGGGAACCUGUCAUGCUUGCCAGUUCCCACUGUGUCUGAAGGGCCGGGUCCGCGAGUUGGACACGCGAGCUUGCUCGUUGGCAAUGCAUUCAUUGUGUUCGGUGGUGACACCAAGGUGGACGAGUCGGACACACUGGACGACACCCUUUACCUUCUUAACACAUCUUCUCGCCAAUGGUCGCGAUCCAUACCCCCGGGUCCCCGACCUUCCGGACGUUACGGUCACACCCUGAACAUUCUUGGCUCCCGGCUUUAUGUUUUUGGUGGACAGGUCGAAGGCUAUUUCUUCAAUGAUUUAGUCGCCUUCGAUCUCAAUCAGCUCCAGAACCCUACGAACAAGUGGGAAUUUUUGAUUCGCAACAGCCACGAAGGUGGCCCACCCCCUGGCCAGAGCCCGCCCGCUAGAACUAACCAUACGAUCGUGAGUUUCAACGACAAGUUAUACUUGUUUGGUGGAACAAACGGCGUGCAAUGGUUUAAUGAUGUUUGGUGUUACGAUCCCCGUGCCAACAGCUGGUCUCAAUUGGAUUGCGUUGGUUUUAUUCCGACGCCCCGAGAAGGCCACGCCGCGGCUAUUGUCAAUGACGUUAUGUAUAUAUUCGGAGGUCGAACGGAUGAGGGCAUCGACCUGGGCGAUCUGGCCGCGUUCCGCAUCAGCACUCGACGGUGGUACUCUUUCCAAAACAUGGGACCUGCGCCCUCCCCGAGAUCAGGUCACAGCAUGACGGCUUUCGGCAAACAGAUCAUCGUCGUGGCGGGUGAACCAAGCUCUGCGCCCAGAGAUCCCGUGGAGCUUAGCAUGGCAUACAUCCUUGAUACUUCCAAGAUCCGCUACCCGGCCGAAAAUCAACCUGGCGAAAGAGCCGCGAACCAAGGAAUGCGAAAGAUGAGCGGAGACAGGGGAAUGGUACAGACUGGCGGUCGGACGUCCCGGGAAGCCCAGAACCCACACCCCGAUCCGCAACGACGAGGACCUGGACCUGGACCGUCGCGCGAAAGUCUGAUGACGAGCCCUACUGGAAGACCAGGAGAUGGGCCGGGGCCGGGACCAGGGUCUCGGCUGCCUAGGGCAUCAAUAGCGCAGGCCCCAGCCGGGCCUCCUCCCCCGGGCCAGGCGCCGACACCCGGUCAGAGGGGAAAUACUCCCCAGAACGCCAUGAACCCUCGAAGCAAAACACCCACUAAGACGGAUCGCGGGUACAAUGGUCCUCCAGUGGACACCGUUCGAGCCCUGGGACCCGAUAAAGAUCGAGACCUGCCGUCUGCAAAGGAAUCCCCGAAGGAAUUCAGGCAGACGCAAGAAUCAAGCGCCGCAUCGGGAGGCAGCCGUACACCAACUCAGCAGCAAUCCAGAAUGUCAGUCAGAGCUAUGGAAGCAGGCGAGGCUGCUCCCCUGAUGAGCGCACCAACCAGACAACGUUCUCUGCGCCAGCACCGGCAACGCAGCUCCAUGGAUAGUGCCGAUGAAUCUAUCCUGGGUAGAAACGCCAGUGAAAAUGGUUCAGUGGAGUCCAGAGCUUACAGGAACUCAAAGUCUGGGGACGAACCACGGUCGCCAAGAUUGACUCCUCAUCAGGAAGCCCUCAUCAAGGAGCUCGACGCAGUGAAAAGCCGCAACGCCUGGUAUGCAUCCGAGCUUGCCUUGGCCAAGAAGUCAGGCUACUCGCCAAACCCCCAAAAUAGUGUUGGUUUCGACGAGCGGGCCGCUGAUGCGUUUGCGGACGAGGAUCGUCCGCUGAUCGAGGCAUUCCUCGCGAUGAGAGCAGAAUUGGCGAAGAUGCAGGCCACGGUGGAUCGACAGGCAGCCAUCGCAUCAAAACGCGUUGCAGAGGUCGAGCACCAAAGGGACGUGGCUGUCAAUGAAGCGGCUUAUUCCCGCGCCAAGUUGGCCGCGCAUGGCGGUAGUCAAAGGGGUACUCCACAGCCGGACGCACAAAUGCACGAUUCCGACGAAGCGGUCGCGGAGCGUGGCACCGAUAUAAGCAGACGACUGGCCUUGGCACUUGCAUCCCAGAACGAGCUUAAGUCAAAGCUGGAUUUGAUUUCGACUGAACUUGAGCAGGAAAAGCGAGGCCGCGAAUUGGCCGAAGAAACGUGUGAAGCCACAAGGAGAAGACUGGCAGAGCUCGAAAUGAAUAAUAACAAACUAGAAGCAGAGAGCCUCCGCGCGCAGCUUCAUGAGCUGGAGGCUUCUGUCAGGGAGGAAUCCCUGGUACGAUCUGAAGCCGAAGCUGCCGUAAAGCAACUCUCUCUGGACAAGGAAGAACUGUUACAGAAGCUUGACGAAACCACGUCCCGCCUGAGAGAUUACGGUAACAACCUCGGCAGCCUGCGGGCAGCCGUGACUGCUUCAUCCGAUAAGUCAACCCUCCUCGAAAGGCAAUUGGAUGAAGAGCGCGAGCGGCGCGAAGGCUUGGAGAGGAAGCUGUUGCAAUUGAGAUCGGAGCAUGAUGAGCGCACAUCCGACUUGGAGAACGCCACCCGUCGCCUCCAGGAUGCAGAGGAGCUGAUCGAAAGUCACUCGAGAGAAGCUGAAACGCAUAAGAACGCAUUCCUCUCCGGUCUGGAUCGGGCAUCGUCCUUCGACUCUGAGGCCUCAUUGCGGUCUUUGGCAGAUCAACGAGUAGCCGCCUUGGAGGCUCAGGUAGACAAUGCGAACAAGCUGGCGAAGACAAGCCAGAUUGCUGCGGAUGACGCGGUGGACAAACUCCGCCGUGCCGAAGAGAGGAUCGCCGGGCUGGAAGCCUACCAGGAGCAGGCCAGCAGGGAAGGGUUGCAACUUCGUAGACAACUCCAGUCAGUCAUUAAGGAGAGUCAGACUCUCGGUGCGGAGAACAGAGACUUGAAGUCUCAACUCGAGAACCACCAACGCGAGGCCGGUGCGCUAGCCGUCCAGCACGCUGCCCUGAAAGAUCUUCUUGGUGAGCGUGGAGGAGUCAAUUACCUGGAUAGCCGACGUUCGCCUCUCGAGUCACCCGGAUCUCGUUUUGGAACCCCCGAGCAAGGUCGGCUCCGUGAAUUGGAGCAGCAGCUUUCUACCAGUCUCAAGGCCCACGAAGAAUUGAAAUCGUCGGUCGAGACUCGUGAACAGGAAGCUGAUCGCGCCUACAGGGAGAAGUUGGAACAGCUCGAGAACGACUACCAAUCAGCCGUUCAUUAUGUUAAAGGUACCGAGAAGAUGCUGAAGCGUAUGAAGGAUGAGCUCGCUCGGUAUAAGUCUCAGAACAUGAAGCUUCAGUCUGAACUGGAUGCCGCACAGACGACCCUUGCUCGGUCGUCAAGCGAAAACUCAGAAGCGCCCGCUGAGUGGGAGGAUGAGCGCUCAAGGCUCGAGCAAUCCAUCUCCGAACUCCAAGAGGCCACGGCGGCUUCGAUUGCCAAUCUGGAGAGUCAGAUCACACGGCUGAGGGAAGAUAUUGCCGUUGCUGAUGCCGACAAGAGCAAAUCGGAAACGGACCUCGGAAGGCUGAAGCAGGAGCUUGCUGCGGCUACAGAAAAGAGCCGUUCCGAACUGGAGCAGCUCAAGCAAGAGAACGCUUUGCUUGAAACUCGUGCAACCGACGCCGAGCAAAAGGUUAGCAUGCUUCUCGAUCAGGUGGAAGCAUCAGUGGGGCACUACCGUCGGCAAUCGCAGCCUGUUCAGGGUCUCAACGGCAUCUCCCGCACCCACAGCAACGCCUCAAGCAACACGAUCGGUGGCGCCGGCCGUCGGUCGAGAGCUGACAGCGCCGUAUCGCAGGACGACUCCUUCCCGGACAACCGCAACUCGAUGGCCUUGGACUCCCUCGCCAACGAGCUGGAAACCCUGCGCAGCCACUGGGAAAGCACCAACCGGAACUACCGACUGAGCACACAAUCCGACUUCGACCGGACCCCAACCAAGGAGUCCGGCCUGAGCGACAGCCUGGCAGAGUGGAGACGGCGUCUGGAUGAAGACGAGGCCAGCUCCACGGAGAAGAUCCAGCCCCGGAACAGCGCCACAGCGAACAUGAUAUGAGCCCGUUCCAAGCACAUACAAUAAUACCCUUCCAGGGCGCAAAGCCACCAAUAUUUAUGUCUCUAUACUUCCUGUUCUUUUUUCUCUUCCUCUUCCCUUCCUCUACCUCUACCUCUACCCAACUCUUCUUACCUUUCUUUGCCGUCUGAUAAUUCAUUUUACUAUUUACCACCACC